CGCACUCUGCGACGUGCAGUUAGCGGCGUGUUCUUCGGCGAAACACCAACUUUUCUGCCUCUCCAUCUGACUUUGCAUCCUGCUACGUUCCGUUAUAUAAUUUCUACGCGAUCGGAACCUUCCCCCGCUACCGGUCAACGUUCCAACGUCCUGAGCGACGAUCUUGGAAAUGGCGCGAACGAAUGCAAAAAGGCGGCACUCCGAUUUGCCACAUUUCGAGUCAGUUGCCAGAAUCUCCAGUCUGCCUAUCGUGGAAAACGGUAUACACAUUGCUGGUAAUGUGUACGAUAGGAUAAAGCGAUCAAAUUCAUUGAUGAACUGGAGUUUGGGCACUGCUGAACAUUCAUUCGCGAUCGCAACGGCAUCGGCGAAGCCAGCGAUCUACGCGCUGAACGGGGCGAUCAUGACUAUCGAUCUGCUGCUCUGCAAAGGUAUCGACAUCGUUGAACAAAGAGUGCCAGCCGUGCACCUACCUCCCCAUCUUAUGUACUGCAACGCACGGGAAUAUGUGAGCAACAAAAUCGUCAGGCCUGUGCUGAUGCGUGCCGGAAGUGUAAAGCAGAUAGGAAGUCAAGCUGCGAACGCUGCAGCGGACAGAUUGGACGAUGCUCUUACUGUCGCAGAUAAAUACGUUGAUCGUUACUUGCCUCCUGAUCCCGCCGACAAAGUUAUAGAUGAAAAUACUCCUUCCAAAUCUGUGAGCAAGGCUACGCGGACCAUUAAACACGGCGCCAGAUUCUCUAGAAAAUUACAAAGAAGAUUGACGCGUCGUACGUUAGCAGAAGCUCGAGCCCUCAAGGAGCAGGGAACAGAGUGCAUUCAUGUACUCCUGUACGUUAUAGAACUGUUAGCAACGGAUCCAAAGCUAGCCUAUCAAAAAGCCAAAGAGUUGUGGGCAACGUUAAGUUUGCCUGAACCAGAAAAUCAAGCUCGGCCAGCAACUUUGGAACAGUUGUUGGUUCUGCUUACUCGUGAAUCCGCACGUCGCAUCGUCCAUCUCGUGAAUGGCACCACAACAUUAGCAAAAAGAUCUCCUCGAGAUCUUGGCAGAAUUUUCGUUAACCUUUCCCACCAACUACUCGCGGUUGCAGACGCCACGUUAAAAAUGGUACCACUCAUCGGCAUGAGGGACGCAACGAAAGCGCGAAUGUCAGUACUCCUUUCAGCUAUACAGAGGCUUAACUCUACAACAAAUCGUUUAUUGGAGCGGUUAGCAGCUUUCUUAGCUGGUCGUCCGACUGUUUCCAAGGUAACACAUGUCCAGAGCCAUCAGCAGAACCACAAUAACCACAUGUCGAUGUCUUCUAAUCCGCCAGUAAAUGGUAUCGAGUAACGUAGUCGCGUUUAAUAGUUGCUCCACAUGAGUGUUUUUUGUUUUUAUUUCAAGGUCAAUGACAAGAAGAAAGAUCUCUGAUCGAAAUUUCACGAGUUAGUAACACGUCCAAUUCGCCGCAAUGACACGGCUCCGAAUCGUAUUCACCACCCUCGGAUAAUAAACGGUCGAUUUCAUUUUUUAUUUUUAUCAAAUGGCACAGUAUAUCGGUGUCGUAUUAGCCUUCAGCUCUCACAUUUUAAUGCCUACUUAACAAUGUUUAUUUCUGAUGCACAAAAUGUAACGUUUAGAGGUAAGAAAGUGUAAAAAUAAAGAUUUGUUUUUCUCUUCAUUCCAGUA